AUGGACCGUCAUGGCCAUUCCCUUGCCGCGCUGUGGCGACGACGAGCGCAAUCCUGGACUCCUUUGCGCUGUGCUCGGUGGCACUGCGACGGUGCAGCUGAGCCUCAAAGACUGGCGUUAGUCCGCUACCUCGAGGAGAGUUGGGUGCAGGUGUGCGUCCUCCAGGAGCCGCACUUUAACUCUAUGGACGGCGAAUCUGUUGGCCUGGGCGGGCAUCAUCACUCCGAUGCCGCAGGGAUUGGUGACCACUGCGGAAGGAUCCCGGUGCUCCUCCAACGCGACCUUGGCACCGAGGAGCAGCGGGGCAGCGUCGAUACUGGCGGCGAGGUUGUUUCCGUGUCCAUCCACUGCGACAGCCCUUCCCGACCGGUGGGGCUUGCCUGCGGAUCCAUCUGA